AUGGGAGGUUGGAGGUACGGAAAAGGGGCUGUGCUUGCAGCUGCGGCAUUACAAGCUGCACAGGAGGUGCUGCCACGUGUCAAGCAGGGAUUGGAGCAGAUGCAGGCUGGGAAUGGUGGGGAUGGAGACACGGCGUGGCUGCAGGGAUUGGUGCAGCAUGCGAGGGUGUGUGGCGGCUGGGUAUCAGCUGAUGGGGAGAACGCUCCCAAUGAGAUGGCCGUAUCGGCAUGCGAUGCAUCGCUGCACACCAAGUGGCUGCACCAUGAGGGAGGGAAAGGUGCAUGGUUACAGUACCGGCUCAGUGGCUCCGCUCCUGUUACAGUCACCAUGUAUUCAAUUACAUCGGCGAAUGAUUGCCCAGAGAGGGACCCCUGCUGCUGGUCGCUGCAAGCCAGCAAGGAUGGCGGAAAGACUUGGAGCGGUCUGGACACACAGGCUGGUGUGCAUUUCAUCAGCAGGCAUCAGAUUAAAGUUUUUGUGAUCAGCCCAGCCAAGCAAACCCCAGCAACUCUAUUCAGGCUUGUCAUCUCAGCCGUCCGAGACCCGUCCUGCAGUUGCCUUCAGCUUGCCUGCUUUGACCUUUACACUGCACGCCAGCAGCCUCUGCAGACAGAUUAUGCGAAAGCAUCCACGAGCACAGGAACUGUGGACGGCAAAAGUCAAGAGGAGUUCCAGCGACUGGUGGUGGAAGAGAAGGUUCCUGCGAACGAGGCAGCUGGGCGAGCUCUGAAGCAUGUGCAAGAGAGGUUGAGUCAGGGAAAACCAUGA